CUAUCCGCCAGCUGCAAUCUGGAAAAUCUUACGCUCAGGAAAUAGCGCAUCACGUCAGAAAAAGCGGCAAACAAGCGCCUCUGUAUCGACUCAGGGUUGAAUGCAAAACCAGCCCAGCGUUCGGAGAGACGGAGGGACAUCGACACUAUCGCAGGGCGAGAUAAAGCUAUGGUCAAACAAGAAGGACCAGGCACAGUAUGAGAGCUAUGCAGACCUAUAUGCCAUCAUCAAGACCACGGAAAAGCUCGAGCGAGCGUUCGUGCGUGACGCAAUCAACGCGGAGCAGUAUGAGGAGGCGUGCGGGAGGCUCAUAGGGCAGUUCAAGGUCCUCUGGGCCUCCAUGAAGGACACUGUGCCAAACGUGGAGAAGUUCAUGAGUGACUACAACAUGCAGUGCCCCAUGGCUGCCACGCGGCUGCUGCACAGCGGCCUGCCCGCCACUGUGGAGCACCGCACCAAACAGAACCGCACCAACGACCCCGAGGCUCUGGGUGUGGCGGAGACGGUGCAGCACUUCAUCACCGCCAUGGACUCGCUCAAACUCAACCUGGCCGCGGUGGACCAGAUCUGCCCCAUCCUGCUCGACCUCAUCAACAGCAUGGACAAGAUAGCCACGCUGCCGCCCGACUUCCCGCCGCGCGAGAAGGUACGGGUGUGGUACAGCAAGAUGUACCAGAAGCCCGCCAACUACGAGCUGCCAGAGGAGGACGUACGGCAGCUCAUGUACGAGCUGGAGGCCAGCUACAACACCUUCCUGGCCACGCUGCGGAAAAAGUAAAAGUAGUGCUGGGGGAAUGUAUUGGAUUUUGGGGUUUGGGGUUGUUGAAGGGCUGCAUGGAAGGCAGCCUUGUGGGAGAGUAUGAGAGGCAGGGAGGUGCUGAAGGUUAGGGGUUGGAUUGAGGGCCAGGCUGGCUACGUCGUCGAAGUGCGAGAUUGCCACGAACGCGAAGCACGGUCGAGGAGAGGCUGUGCGCCGUGGAACAGUCACGUUGUGGCCAAGUCGGGAGGCUUUGGCACGCGAGCUCUUGGGUUGCAGGACAGGAAGGAUGACGUGCCAUCGGUAGUCUGUCUGUGUACAGACAUGCGUGUAACCUUGGUUGCGGCGGCGGCAGAUGUCCUGAUGCGCUGUACAUGUGCAGGCCAUUGCUCCACUAGAGCUUGUGUCGUUGUCGGCAACGCGCAGAAGGAUCGAGUUUCCGUGCGCCCCUCGGAUCAGGGCUGAUGAGUAGGGGUACCGGUACUGCCGCUCUGUUGCGCGGGUCGAUCAGGAAUUCAGGAUGGAUGCUCCGAGAGUAGAGGAGUGUAAUGUUGGUCGCAUGCCUGUCGCAUGUCCAACAUAAGUCGUUAAAGACCUGGACAGGGGCCGGCUCAAAUGAGUCGUAGCCACAUGGGGCCCGGCAGCAAGCUCCGCGUGGAUGGGGCC